GAUAAAAAUAAUAUCAAUGCAUAACUUCUGCUCGUCAAACAUCCACUGGUCGGGUAAUUUUCACUCAAAAUCUUACGCAACAAUCACGACGUAGCACUUAGCAGAUCCAACUUUAAAAGCCAGUAAAAUAACAAAAUCAACACGGCACGACAGCCAGGACAGGAUAGCAUACAUAUCUGAGUAUCUGGUCAAAGUCAACAAUCACAGUCCCCCAUGAGUUGCGCUCGCGCCAUCUAGGUGAGAUUUCAUCUGGAACCUAAAAUUGACCAAAAUGUUUUUAUUAUAGAUAUCGAAGGUCGGCCAGCCAUUCAUCCAUCUAUUUUGGUUGUAGUUAACGUCUAACGAUAAUAAUUUGAGGUUCGAUUCACAAUCGUGACGUGUGCUGUACGCCACAUGUUCAAAAAAAAAUUUUGUGUCUCCAUUCUUUGAUUACUUGUUUUGCGCGUAGUGUGUUUAUUUUAAGUGUAAUAAAUAAUACAAAAGUGAUCGGAGGAAUUUUGUUGCACGAAAAUAUGACUAGCAUUUAAAAAUCUUUCGUCUUUAAAAAGUAACUGUGCCUAAAAUAUAUUCACAUGGCUUCGACGAACAGUACUUCUGAGAAUGAAGUGCGGUCUUGGUUAAAGAAUGUGCUAAAAGAUGAAAAUUUCAAGGACAUACAAGUUAAGAUACAGGGAAAUUCGGAAAAAGGAGAUGGUUACAUGGGUGAUAUAGUUUUUGUGUCGGUUGAAGGAAUUAUUGAUAGUCAAUCGUCAAAAAAGUAUGAUCUUGUUUUAAAGUGUAGCAAAAAAAGCAAACCCUUGCGCGAAACAUCACCGGUGAAGGAGGCCUUUUUGAACGAGAUACUCAUGUAUCAGGAAGUUUUGCCAUACUUUAUUCAGUAUCAACAGGAGAAAGGAGUCAAAGCACCAUUCAGCAGUAUACCAAAGUGUUACGGCUCUUUUAUUGGAGAAAAUAUGGAAAUUAUUGUUUUGGAAAAUUUGAAAAGCAGCAGCUACGAGUUGUGGCCGAUGAAGGAACCAUUGUCACGGAGACACAUCGAUUUGAUAGUUACAGAGUACGGUAAAUAUCAUGCGACGUCUUUAGCUUUUCAACAUCAACGACCAACAGAAUUUCAAAAAUUUCUUGACACUCUGAUCGAUAUGAUUGAAAUAUGUGUAAAGAGAAGUGAUUACCAAAUCCUUUUCGGGACGCCUGUAGAUCAAUCCUAUGAAUUGCUUAAGAAUGACUUGGAUGAUGACAUUCUGUUACGGUGGAAGGGUUUAAAAAAUCAGAUUGAAAACAUUUUUGGAGAUUUGGUUAAAACUUCAACAGGACCGAAGGUAAUUCUGCAUGGCGAUUGUUGGAACAGUAAUUUCAUGUUCUUGCAUGAGACAAGCGGGGAGAAAAUUCCUUUGAAGGUUGCAUUUUUGGACUGGCAGGUGUCAAGAUACGCUUCUCCGAUUGUGGAUUUGUCACACUUUUUAUUUACUUGUAUUUCUAAAGAAGAUUUAGAAGAGUUGGAAAAUAUUCUGGUGAUGUAUCAUACAACGUUUAUAAAUCAGUUGGUCCAGUUAGGAAUAGAAAAACCAGAUACGUUAUACCCUUUAGCUCAAUUUUUAGACGAAUGGAAUAAUUUGUGUAAAUAUGGCAUUUUGAUGGCAAGUUUGUUAAUGAAAGUUGUUUCAACGGAGAAAGAUGAGGUUCUGGAUAUAGCUCAAGUUGCUGAAAGUGGAAAAGAUUUUACUGAGACAUUUAUAAAUGAAAUUAGGGACAAGGAGAAUUAUAAGCGGAGAAUUCGGCCAAUUGUGGAAUAUGCUGUUAAACAUAAUUUAAUAUGAUGUAUGUGUAUAUGUUUAAUAGGAGUAAUAAAUAAUGAACACAGUGUU